AGCAUACAUUAGAGACACAGGCAAAACCAGUUAACCAAGCAAAGCAAGAGAUCACCACCGCAUAUUUCCAUGGCGAUGAAGUCCAUCAAUUCCCGUUCGCUCUCCGCAGCAGCGGCCGUUUCGUUGAUUUGCGCCCUGCUUUUGGCCGACUUUGCUGCCGCCGAUCCCGGGACCGCGGGCUUCUUCGUACCGCGUUCCGCCGCUACUGCAUGCCCCGGGAGGAAGGGCCUGGGCAAGCUCGUCGCGGCGGCGGAUAUUCUGGUGUUUCGGGGAGGGAAAGCUUGCGGGCAGAGGUUCGAGGUGACGUGCACCGGCGCCGGUUGCAAGAAAGGAAAGAAAGUGGUGGUGGAGAUCGUAGACACUUGCAGCCCCACAACGAAUCGCCCUUGCCAGACUCUGACUCUCUCCAGAGCUGCUUUCGCCGCCAUUGCCAAUCCUAAUGCUGGUGUCGUUUCCGUUAAUUUCAAACAGUUGACAGGGAAUAGAAACAACUGAAAACGGACUAGCGGAGUUAAGUUCCAGAAAUUAUGAUACAUGAUUGUCACUAUCUGAGUAUUGGAUUUUUUUUUAUGUAUUAUUUGUUGUAGAACUGUUGUAACAACUCUAUAUUUAUCAGUGCGACACAAGUUCGUACUAAAAAAGAAAGAUGUCAUAACAAAGUAAUUUGAACGUGUAUACGUACGUAAAUUAUGAAGGACCAAAUUUCUGGAUGUGUCGAAGUACACCGAAAU